AUGGUGGUUUCCGGCCCCCUGGUUGAGUUUUACUUGGAUGGCAAGAGACUGAUUUUAAUACCAGUUGAAAACAGGGCCACUUAUGGUUUCAUUGAUGUGAACCAGCUUAUCAAAUUCUUGAAGGAAAUAGAAGAUGGAAGUAUUGUCAUGAUGGCCACUUUUGAUGACCCUGCAACAAAGCUUAACGACGAGGCCAGAAAUCUGAUAGCAGAAUUGGGCAGCUCAAGCAUCGGCAUACUGGGAUUCAGAGAUAAUUGGGUGUUUGUAGGGGGCAAAGGGAUCAAGACAAAGAGCCCCUUUGAGCAGUAUAUCAAGAACAAUGCAGAGACCAACAAGUAUGAAGGCUGGCCUGAAGUUUUGGAGAUGGAAGGAUGCAUUCCCAUAAAACAUCAGUAGAAUGAAUUUCAAAUUAUUUCGCAUUUUCAUGUACAGCCUGGAGAAGGUCGAAGAAUUCAAAAUUGUACACAAUGUUGUAUUGUUCGAUUAGCAUUGACAAUGAUGCAAUUAAGAAUAGACUAGACUUUAAAUUUGAUGUUGGACUUCCUGUAUUUUAAAUCUUACCGUUAGUGCUCCUGAGCAUUUGCUGCUCUAUAUUUCUAUUUCUUUUACAGGAUUCCCAGUACUUUUGACCAGUGAGUUUCCAUUACUUUUCUUCCAGCUGUCCAUGAUAACUAAAUGGACUGUGCUCAUUAAAAAAGAAAAAUGUUGCCAGGUCAAUAUUUUACAGCUUAAAAUCACUAUAAAAAUGUAUAUUCACCAUAGAAAUAUCCACAACUUCACUAAUUGUUGUGAAUUUCCCAGCCCUGGAAAUCACAUUCUUAAAAAUUCAUGGCUGUGGGAGAUCGGAUUUGUAGGUUUUUUUUAAUAACUGGUCCAUAAACAGCAAGUUUUUAGCCAUUUGUGAGGCGCCAGUGUUAUAAGAAAAAGAGAGAUAUUGAGUCCGGACAUUUACUGCAUUUCGUCUUGUUUGUAGUUUUUUUUUUUCCUCCCAGAAAAUGAAGGGAGAGGGUUUGCGCUCAUAUUUAUCACUGCACUAAGACACUCUAAAUGUUGAUCAAACUGGAUUGAAGUUAAAUGGCUAAGGGCUUCUGUCACCAAAAUGUAUUUAUGUCUUUGUUUAUGGUUAAAAUAUUUAUUUUUCUACUGGCAAUGUUGACUGCUGGACUUUAUUCCUGAAGGUAGAUAAUAAAGAAGCUUGUUUUUAAUCCUUGAAUUUAAAAACUGCCCAUAUUUCUGGUGUGCGAUGGGUUAUUAAUUUGGGUUGGGUUUUGACCUUCUACUGUUUAACUGCUGUCUCCAGUUUCAUGCCAUCCUUAGCUUUUGGGAAUGUUGUUAUAUACAGUAUAGGGACUUCAAAAGAUUUCCAUUAGUUAUUGUGUUAAUAGUCAGUCUGGUUACAUGCCAAUAGUGUUCAUAGCAAGCAAUAAAUAUAUAACAGUAACUGAGUUUAUUCCUAAUUGUGCCUUCUGCUGUGUCAAUAGUAUGCGCUUUCCUACCAGGUAGUAAAAUGUCCUAUAAUUAUUGUGGAAUUAUAAUGCAAAGUCAAUGAUUUUAUAAUUUUCUGCACGAUUUUAACUGUGAAGUUGUGGAUUAAAACCCAUUUCUUUUGUAAGAAAACCAGUUAUGUGCCUUUUUUUAAACCACAAUUAAAUAUGCCAAGCGAUUUUAGAUAGUUACAUGUGAAAUCAUUGAUGUUGCAUGGUCUUAAUGUGUAAAGCUGUUUUGAGGAUUUAUUUAAUCUAAAUUAAAUCAAGUAAACUGUGUAUUGUGUGAUUGCAGAGUCUUUUGUAAUGGCUCUAGGAUUUUUUUUUGUAAAGAAAAAAAGUUUUAAUAUUAAAAUGAAGCCGAGCAAAUGGUUGUUG